AAUAUAAAAGAAGAACUCUGCUUUCAGAAGUUGCAAAGUACAUCAGUUUUCUAUCUUCAGCACAGGCAUAUACUUUAUAUGCUUAUGAUAUAGGCUACCUGUUUACACCGAUGUACAUGUACAUGUGCACUUUCUCUACUGAAACCUCAUUAUCCCGAUUCCAUCAAAAUCUACACUGAAGUCUUUCUGGAAUUCAAAGGAUGCAGGACUGUAAAGAAGACCAUCUGUGUUUCUUCACGUAAGGCUGUAUCCCCAUGGAUUAGUGUUGCAUUUUGGCAGGAUUUUAGACUUUUGUCCCCGGUAACCUACGGUAUCUAAAGGGAGUAAAUUCUAAGGAAGGUUAUUCCUUGGGUGCCAAUACAUUCAACUUGUCAAUGCUAAUUAUAAGUAGAUGUAGACAUGUACAUGGAUUUGUGGUUGCGUUCACGUGAGAUCCGUAAUCUGGGUUAUUAUUACAGUGACAUGUGCAUGCAUACGUGUGCGUUUGUCGUCAUCCAUAAUCUAAAAGAUACAUCUCACUAUCCGUUCAUUAUACCCUGCGGCUACAGAUUUGGGUUAGAUUCGCAUGACGAUGAUUCAUGUCAUUUGGCCGAGAUCUGUAUGUUAUGGUCCUGUACUUGAAACUGGUUAACUGCAAGCACCCUGUACCCAGUUUUGGUACAGGGGGACGGGGAGAGGGAUUAAGUGGGCCACCAAGUCACACCCAGGCUUCUCCUGGGUAGCGGUCCAUUUUGGAGUCACCAGCCCCACCAACAAUGGUAAAAGUGGGUCUUGUUCUUUUCUUUUUCGGAACUCCAACAGUUAAGCUGAUGCGACCACCGACACGCGAUUGCAAACUGGUUCUGAAACAGAUAGCGCCCUCACUCAAACUUUACUGGGAAACGGUGACAUAACAGACAAGUGGGGGGGGGGGAGAAAAUGGGGCACUGAGGCAACGCCCCCGUUGCCGGCCCAUGGCCCAUUUCAUACAGCCAUCCUUUGAUGACUGCGAACAAAAAGAAGAAAAAUGGGCCAAUGGCAGGGCCUGAAAAGGCACCCAGCGUAUGUGGGUGGAUGUCCCGAUGUUCAGCGGAGUGCAAAUAAAAGUUGGCGUGUCAAUUAUGACUAGGCACCCUCUAAUCGGGGCAGAGAGUAUUUAAGGACCCUGCUCGUCCCGAGUUUGGUCACUUUGCCCGGCGCUGACAGACGAGCAACAUCGCUUCUUUUUCUCCCAAAACCGAUGUCGUGCCAAACUUUGUCCUUCCGUCACCGAAGUCCGUUGCAGAUGCUACCCUGCGUCCAGUUGCCUUGAUCUUGGAGAUUGCCUGAUCCACCCAUUUCAAGUUUCACUUCAGACUCCAAAGACAUCAAGCAAAGCAAAGAAGCAGCAUUUAACAGUCAAGAUAAUCUAAACCACACACUCGGCUUACCUCGGAGGGCCAGGGGGAAAUCGACUGACUACUUGAGUGGAGACCGGGCUAUCGGACGCCAGACGGCAGCAUGAUUCUCACGGCCUCCCUCUGCGGCACGGCACUCUGUGCCAUGUACUACCUCAAGGAACAAUACGACUAUACAAUCCGGCGGAUGCCGCCCGGCCCGCCCUCCAUCCCCUUCAUCGGGAACGCACUCAGCAUCGACUGCAAGGCGCCCCACCUCUCCUUGGCGGAGCUGGCCAAGAAGUACGGCGACAUCUUCAGCAUCAAGCUGGGCACGCAGCGGGUGGUCAUCCUCAACACCUGCGAGGUCAUCAAGGAGGCCUACAAGGGACUGGACAUCUCCCACCGGCCCAACAUCUACUGCAUGGACGUCCUGGUCGGGGAUAAGGGCUUCCUGACGUGUAAGGACACCAAGCAGUGGCGGCUGCACACAAAAGUUUGCCGCAGCGCUCUCCGGAUUAUCAACAACAGCAGCCUCGGGGUGAAAAUCAGCGAAGAGGCCGACUGCCUCAUCAAUAAAAUCCUGGACUAUCACGGCAAGGCCUUCAAUCCUUGCCAGGACUUGUACCUGGCCUCCCUCAACAUCCUCUGUAAUAUUUCCUUUGGGGAGCGCUACUCGCACACUGAUCCGGAGCUCCACGACAUCCUGGACUACUCGGCCGAGAUCUUAAAGGUGCUGUCCCCGAUUCACCCCGUCAACGCCUUGCCCUGGUUAAGGCACUUCCCCAAUAAGUGGUUCGAGGGCUUGCUGAGGGCCAAGGAGCAGCGAGACAGGUUACUGAUGCGGAAGUACGUUCAGCACGUGGCCACGUACCAAGACGGGGAGAUCAGGGACAUGCUGGAUGCAAUGCUGGCCUCGGCCAAGCAGGCCGUGCAGGAGAAAGACGACAACUCCCUCAACGUACUGACACCGGAGCACAUCAUCAUCAACAUGUGGCUCAUGUUUUUCGCAGGUACUGACACAGUAGCCAAUGCCCUGCAAUGGGGCUUGCUGUACAUGGCAGCGUUUCCCAAGAAGCAGGCUAAAGUGCACGACGAGAUUGAACUGGUACUGGGGAAAGAGGGACAGCUGACGCUGAACUGCAAAGCCAGGCUGCCAUACUUGGAGGCUACAGUGUAUGAGAUCAUGCGGUUCAGUUCCCUGACUAACCUAGGGGUUCCCCACGCCGCCGCGGUGGACACGAAUGUCCGGGGCUACUACAUCCCUAAAGGAACCCAAGUCAUGGCCAACUUCUGGGCCGUUCACCACGACGAGAAAGUGUGGGACCGGCCGCACGAGUUCCUGCCGGAGCGUUUCUUGGACUCAGAAGGCAACCUGCGCAACAUGUCCGAGUUCCCCUACUUCAUGCCUUUCUCCACGGGACAGCGCAGCUGUCUCGGCAAGGGCAUGGCCAAGUCAGAGCUCUUCCUUCUCCUGGGCAAGCUGCUCCAGAAAUUCUGCUUCCAGCUGCCCGAGAACGCCAAGGUGGACUUGGAGGGUCUGUCCUCGGUCUCUCUCAUCCCUAAGCCUUACGAGGUCAAGGCCCUGGAGCGGGCGAUGUACAUAUUACUUGUUUUUCAACGUUCCUCACACAAGAUGAUCCUGACUGUCUUGCUCUACGCUGCCUUAACAGUCUUGAUCUACCUGCUCCUGUACUUCAUCCAAGAGCAGCACCUCUACAAGGUCCUGCAUCUUCCUCCCGGACCCAGGUCCCUCCCUCUCCUGGGCAACAUCUUCCAGCUCAACCCCAAGCAGCUGCAUCUGUCCCUGACUGAAUUAGCCCAGAGAUACGGCGCCACGUUCAGCAUCAAGUUCGGCCGGGAGCGGGUAGUGAUCCUCAACCAGGCCGAGACGGUCAAGAAGGCUUACAGCGGGGACGCCAUCACCUCCCGUCCCAAGAUCUUCUCCAUCGACUUCUUCCUCAGCAAGGGCUUCAUGGCUUGCACGGACCGGCAGCACUUCCGGAUCCACACCAAGGUCAUGAAGCACGCCUUCCGGGUCAUCAGCAACACCAGCCUCGGGGCCAAACUCGCCGACGAAGCUGAGAGUCUCAUCCGGACCUUUGAGGGGUACGCCGGUAAACCCUUCGACCCCCGCGAGGACACCAAUCUGGCUUCCCUCAACGUGCUCUACAACAUCGCCUUCGGGAAACGCUACCACAAGGGAGAGGCAGAGCUCCAGGAGAUCUUCCGCUACUCCCACGACAUCAUGAAGGGGGUGUCCCCAGUUCAUCCCAUCAACCUGAUCCCCUGGUUGAGGACUAUUCCCAACCCCUGGAUGGACGCACUCCAGACGGCCAAGGACAAGCGAGACCGUCACAUGCUGACGCUGUACCAGGAGCACAUUGACACGUACGAGGAAGGGACGAUUAGAGACAUGGUAGAUGCGCUCAUCCGAGUUGCCAAGAAAGCGGAGAGGGAGGAAGAUGAUCAAACACUGGGACUCUUGUCGCCGGAACACAUCACAACCAACAUCUGGACCAUUUUCUUUGCAGGUACAGACACAGUGCUGAAUGCCUUGUUGUGGGUGUUUCUGUACAUGGCCGCUUUUCCUCACGUGCAGAGACGAAUCCAAUCUCAAAUUGACGAGACUAUCGGAAGUCGACUUCCAUCCCUCGAAGACGAACAAACUCUGCCACUUCUUAGUGCAACAAUCUAUGAAACGCUAAGAUACAGUUCCUUAUCACUGUUGGGAGUUCCUCAUGCAGCUGUUAUGGACACAGAAGUGGACGGGUUCUACAUUCCAAAAGGUACACAAGUGAUGGCCAACUUCUGGGCCAUCAACCACGACCAGAACGUUUGGCACAAACCCUCCGAGUUCGACCCCGACAGGUUCUUGGACCGAGACGGGAAGCUGCGCAGUCUCAAGGAGUUCCCCUACUUCAUGCCGUUCUCCACGGGGCAGCGGGCGUGCCUGGGGAAGAACAUUGGCAAGUCGGAGAUCUUCGUGCUCAGCGCCUGUCUCCUCCAGAGAUUCAGGCUGGAAUUGCCUUCGGAGACAACGCAGGACAUUCACUUACAGCCCGACAUCCACUUUGACUUGGUGCCAAAACCUUACAACAUUAUCGCCAAGAGGAGAGAUCUGCCAGAGCAUUGAACUCUCGCGCUACCUUCUGUCCAACAAGAUACUUUUUGACGAUUCCAACAUUUGGGGAAACAAAGUGUAAAUUAGAAUACCAAUACGCAAGGUUAUUUAAGUUAAAGGGACACUAGGUCCUGGAACAGCCCAAUUGGGCUACAAACCGCGCUUUGAACGAGAUGAUGUUAA